AAUAAAAAUAAAAAUAAAACGCGUUUACCAAGCCCAAAACAUGCAGCCAAACAGCAGUAGUUUACUGCCACCCAGACCUCGCCGGCAUUUGAUGGAGAAAAAUCGGCGGCAGCAAAUGAGAGGCCUUUAUGGUCGCCUCGCCUCUCUCGUUCCCCAUGAAAAGUCUCUAGAAAAAUCUACGGCUUGUGACGUGUUGGAUCAUGCCACUAACUACAUCAAACAACUAAAGAACAACAUUAAUGAGCUGAAAGCAAGAAAGGAUAGCCUACAAUUACCAGUCGUAAUAGCCGUGAAUGAAAGUGAGAGAGGUGAAAGUUUGGAGAUAAAUAUAGUGUGUGGAUUGGAGAAGAAGAAGCUGUUGAAGAUGGAUAAAGUGUUUCGGAUUCUUCAAGAGGAAGGCGCUGAAGUUGUGAGUGCAACCAACUCCACUGUGGGUUUCAGCAUCUACCAUACAAUUCUUUGCAAGGCAUUUUCACCCAGAAUUGGAAUCGACACUAUUCGAGUGCAAGAACGGUUGAAAAACUUUAUUUCUAGCCUCAUAUGAUUUCUAAAAUCUAUCUACAUACAUACAAAUACAAAUUGAUACAAAUC